AUGGAGAAGCAAAUCGUCGACGUGCGAGCCAAGCUCAAUUCGUCUGAGCAGACCGUCGCCACGUUGAUGCAGCGAAGUGAAAGAGAACUUGCAAGUCUCGAGGCUGAAAAGGCUGCUCGCGUCAAGGCGGAGUCGACCGCUCAGGCUUUGAAGAAGAAAUGCGAGCGUCUUGUCCGUGAGGGUGGAGCGACCGAUUUGCAGGCGGAGGUUGACGCGUACAAGCACGUCCUUAACUGUAACGUGUGCCAAGGCGAGCGCCAGAAGGCUGUCAUCAUCACCCGAUGCUGGCACAUGUUCUGCGAAGAGUGUGUCCAGAAACGCAUCGCGUCCAGGGCGCGCAAAUGCCCGGGUUGUUCGUUGGCUUUCGCCGAAAGCGACGUCCAGCGCCUGUACUGGUGA